AGGGGGGCGGGGCGGCCGGGCCUGGGCGGGGCGGGAGGCGGAGGCGCCGCGUAGGCCCGGGAGGCCGGGCGGCCGGGCAGGGAGCGCGAGCCCCAUGCGGCGCCGUUUGCCCCCACGAUGUUCCCCUCCCGGAGGAAAGCGGCGCAGCUGCCCUGGGAGGACGGCAGGUCCAGGUUGCUCCCCAGCGGCCUCUCCCGGAAGUGCUCCGUCUUCCACCUCUUCGUUGCCUGUCUCUUAUUGGGCUUCUUCCCCCUACUCUGGCUGCAGCUCAGCUGCUCCGGGGACGUGGCCCGGACAGCCGGGGGACAGGGACAGGAGACCCCGGGCCCACCCCGGGCCUGCCCUCCAGAGCCACCUCCUGAGCUCUGGGAAGAAGAUGCGUCCUGGGGCCCUCACCGCCUGGCCGUGCUGGUGCCCUUCCGUGAACGCUUCGAGGAGCUCCUGGUCUUUGUGCCCCACAUGCACCGCUUCCUGAGCCGGAAGAAGAUCCAGCACCACAUCUAUGUGCUCAACCAGGUGGAUCACUUCAGGUUCAACCGGGCAGCGCUCAUCAACGUGGGCUUCCUGGAGAGCAGCAACAGCACAGACUACAUCGCCAUGCACGACGUGGACCUGCUGCCUCUCAACGAGGAGCUGGACUAUGGCUUCCCCGAGGCUGGGCCCUUCCACGUGGCCUCCCCGGAGCUCCACCCACUCUACCACUACAAGACCUACGUGGGCGGCAUCCUGCUGCUCUCCAAGCAGCACUACCAGCUGUGUAACGGGAUGUCCAACCGCUUCUGGGGCUGGGGCCGCGAGGACGACGAGUUCUACCGGCGCAUCAAAGGAGCUGGGCUCCAGCUUUUCCGCCCUUCGGGGAUCACAACUGGGUACAAGACUUUUCGCCACCUGCAUGACCCUGCCUGGAGGAAGAGGGACCAGAAGCGCAUCGCAGCCCAAAAACAGGAGCAGUUCAAGGUGGACCGGGAGGGAGGCCUGAGCACUGUGCGCUACCGCGUGGAUUCUCGAACAGCCCUGUCGGUGGCCGGGGCCCCCUGCACCGUCCUCAACAUCAUGUUGGACUGUGACAAGGCCGCCACCCCCUGGUGCACGUUCAGCUGAGGUGCUUGACAGGAAAGAAGGCCACGCUGACAGUCAUGGAAUGAAGCCUCAAGCCUUGGGCCCAGCUCUGAUAGGCAGUGGAGUGGCCCCUCGCCCCUGCCAGCCAGCUCCAUGUGGGUGGCAGCCCAGCCCCCAGAGGCAGGCUUGAGCUGGGACGCGACACAGGGACGCUGCUGGCAGUAGACAGUGAUUCACUGGAGAGGGGCCGGGCAGUGGCUCCUCACUGGGGCUCUCCCCGCCCUGCCCUGCCCUCCUGUGUGCUGUGACCGUGGGCAGUGGGCAAGGCUGAGUACAGCGACCUCCAGUCAACCUCACCUCGUUCCUUCCCAUUCAGAAGCCUGGGAGGCGUGGGACUGCAGAGAGCGAGCACUGGACCCACAGAAGGGCACAGCCCACGCCGGCUCUGGCUGCUGGUGGCCACGCAGGAAUGUGGCCUGGAGUCACCUGACUUCCACAAGAAACUGGAAUGCUGGAUUACUCAGUGAAAUCUGGUUUUUAAGUGAUAGCAACUAACUGAAACUUGAAAAAAGUAUGGCAGGCUGGA